AUGUUGAUAACUGAAUCAUGGAUAGAUGACUCUCAUCCUUGGAAAAUAAAUGAACGAGAUUUGAAAAUAUUUUCAAAUUAUGAAACCACUGUUGAACGACAACGAAAUCGAUUAGAUGAAAAUGAAAUAAAACAUUUUGUAUCAAAAUAUAUUCUUGAUCAGCUUGAUGAAAAAAUUUAUAAUCUAGAUUUAAGUAUUCAACUAUCGCAAAAUAUUGCUAAAACAAUUCGUCAAGAACUUUCUGAUAAAUAUAAAUUUUAUAAAAUUAUUAUUCAAACAUUUGUUGGUGAAAUAUCGAAAAAUUUAAAUUCUCAGAAUUUUAAAUUAUAUGCUUCAUAUCGUUUCGAUCAAAGAACUGACAAAUAUCUUUCAAUCACUCAAAAUAAUGGAAAUAUGUAA